AUGAAGAUAAUUGUCAUCAGUGGAACCUCCGCUGGGGUUGGUAAAACCACUCUGGCCAUAGGUCUCAUGGCAGCUUUAGAACAAAGAGGAUUACGAGUGCAAGCGUUUAAAGUUGGACCGGAUUUUAACGAUCCUUUAAGACACGAACGAGCGAUUAACCGACCAUCACAUUCUUUGGAUGGUAUCAUGUUGACAAAAGAAUAUAACAUAUCGACCGUAGCUAAAUUUUCGAGCGAGUGCGACGUGGCCAUUGUCGAUGGUCUCGAUGGGUUAUUCGAUGGAUACGAUCCAAACUCUGAAAACGGUUCCACCGCGCAAAUGGCAAAGUGGCUGAAAGCUCCGGUUAUAUUAGUGUGCGAUUGUGACUCAAUGGCACGAUCGAUAGCCGCAGUUACGAGAGGAUACCAAGAAUUUGAUACCGAACUCUCGAUUGCGGGUGUUGUGUUCAAUAAAGUAGGAUCUUUACAACACGCGAAACGAUUGUCGGAAUCGAUGAAAUCGUCGAAUGUAAACGUGGUCAUGUGCGGGGCGGUUCCCAAGGACACAAACUUACUCGUCAUGAAUGGGAACGCUCCAUCGUCCUUGCCAUCAUCUAACGAGUAUGGUGGACUCCACAAUAGUACCAACAAUAAUUCCUCGGGUUCAUUCACCGGCGAUGGAUCCCCGAAGACACCAUCGUCGACGGAGGAUUUCCAAAAUCCGUCGGCGUCAUAUUACAACAAUAACAACAACAACAAUCAUCAUUACCAUCAUCAUUUGAACGGUAAUGGGCCGCAGAACGGCGCGUCACCGAAUUCCAAAGAGUCCAUCGCUUUGAAAAUGCAAAAGAUCGCAAAGGUAUUUGAAAAUACCGUCGAUAUAGAUGCAAUUUUAGCGUUAGCAAAAGAUUUUUCCAUCGCGGAAUUCAUUUCGGACGAUACAAACUUCAACGAAACUUUGUUGACGUGCGCAACUUCGUCAACUUAUGGCGGCCGAUCCUCCAGUCCAGCGCAUACGAUGGUUGCCAGCAGUAGUAGUAGUGCUAAUAGUAAAAGUAGAAGAGACGCGGAGAAUAUGCUCGCGAGCCCCACGAAAACGAUACGGCCAGACGGAAGAGUACGCGUCGCAGUUGCGAGAGACGAUGCUUUUUGCUUUUUUUACCCAGAGAAUCUGAAUUUGUUAGAACGCGCCGGCGCAGAACUAGUAUUUUUUAGUCCAGUUGCCGGUGACGAGCUUCCGAGAGGCAUCGCAGGCGUUAUAUUUCCCGGUGGUUAUCCCGAGUGCCACGCAGAUGCGUUGACGAAUAACCGGCCUUUACGCAUGGGAGUCACCGCCUUUGCUUCCGCGGGAGGCGUAGUUUAUGGCGAGAGCGGUGGUUUGAUGUUUUUGAGCCAAUCGCUGACGUCAUCCGAUUCAUCGAAACCUAGGUAUAUGUGUGGAUUAGCUCCGUUUGCGACGAGAUUCGCGCGAACGGAAACUCGAGGGUAUUUAGACGUCAGAAUUAGUAUUGGUAAUCCACUUUUCCCUCCUGGAGAAGUUGCGCGAGGGCAAAGAGUACAUCACUACGAAAUUGUUGGUGAAAUUCCGCAAAAGAUCAGGUCACAAGACGAUACGAAUUCUCCUAUUUCUGGAUGGAGAGCAACUUAUGAUGUGAAGCCGUCUUCAGUGGAGGACGAUAGAGCUCAGAACGAUUAUGGAGAUGGAGUUGGUGGAAGUGCAUCCGAGAAGAAUAGUAAUUUGAACAGCGGGUCGAAUUCGUCAGUCUCGCUUGAACGAACGUUUUCGAACUCUUCCUCGACGAGUGCAACCAUGAUUGAUAAUACCAACAAUACUGGUGGUGUUGCCACCACCAGCGGUGGAAAUAAGAACAUGCGAGAAGGAUUUGCUUGGAAUAACGUGUUGGUAUCUAACGUUCACUUACAUUUUGGAGGGAAUCCAACGUUUGCGACAUCUUUCGUGAAGUCGUGCAAAUCUGUGAAAGCGGAAGCUACGAUCGCCGCCCAAAAAGCAGCAACCGCGGCGAAGCGUUUGGCUUUGGAAGAAGACGUGGUGAACGAAAUUAGAAGUUUAAGGAAUGGAGGAAGACCCUCGAUGAACGAUCUGAACAAUUACGCCGGAGGAACUUCUAACACCGUCGCCAUGAGGAGCGAUUUGUACGGUGUAGUUGGUGGUGGCGGUGGUAAGCCGCCGAUGAUAAAGCGGAGGGAUUCAGAGCACGACUUGUCUAGAGUUCCAAACGAUCGUUAUAAAGCAGCUGGGCAUUCCAGAAGAUUAUCUUCCGGAGAUAUGGAUUUGGGAGGAACUGGUGAGUUUGGGAUAUCUCCGAGCCGUGCCAGUAAUGCUGGCGGUCCGUUCGCCAACCAUCAGGCCACUUUGACUGAAGUCCAAAAUAAUCUCUCCGGAGCUUUUAAUAUGUUUAAGUCAAGAUCGAUGAAUUUGCUCGCGCAAGCCACGGGAUCUCAUAAGCAAGACAUAUCCAUGCGAUCGAACGCGAGCUUUGGGUCGUUACACAGAAUUCAUUCCCAAGCUGAUUUUUUGAACGAGAAAGAGGUGAGUUCGAGAAGUAAUUUUGGUACAUCGGGAGAAGACGCUUAUAACUCCAUGAAACGCGGUCAUUAUCACGCGCCUGCGCUUGUGAAAGUUCCAGAACCUGAUUCGGAGGGAUAUAUUUGUAGUCUUUCGCCAGCCGCCACGGAGAUGGUGUACGCCCUCGGCUUGGAACAUAGGCUCGUCGGCAUCACUUCAGACUGCGAUUAUCCAAAAGGUGUGCAAAGAGCGCAUUCAGUCAUGACCUCUUCGCGCUCGAUAAAUGAAACGGGGAAUGGAAAGUCUAACUUUCUCGGCGGUGAUUCUUCGAACAAGUCCACGCACUCGAGCUCGGGAUAUGGAUCUUCGCACCGAGGCGACGCUUCCGGGCAUUCCGGGCCAAACAACAUGGAAAUAAACAUAAACAUGUUGAGAAGCUCAAACGCGAAGAUCAUUCUUGCUCCUGACGUUUGUGAAUCAUGCUUGGACGAAUUCGUUGAUCCCAGAAGUACGGCUUGGGCAAUUCGCGAAGCUCGUGCGUGGAGAGAACACAUUCAAGAUUCCGCGCACUCGAACAACUCCGAAUUCAUGGGACAUCGAGCAGACGAGUCGGAAGAUAACGACAUGAAAGGCGUUUUACCCAUCGCUCCGCACACAUUGACGGAUGUUUUUGAGAUUAUGCUUCAGAUUGGUAAUGCAGCGAGUCAAGAUUUUGCGGCUGAACGCGCGGUAAAACUCCUACGCGAUCGAUUACGACGCGUUGCUUUGAAAGUCGCACCCGGGUUCGACAGGCGUCCUCGCGUCGUUUCUUUAGAGGCGUGCAAACCUCUCAUCAGCGGCGGGCAUUGGCUCCCAGAAAUGAAGAUGAUUGCGGGAGGAAUCGAUGAGCUGCAAGAACCAGGAGCACCAGCGGAGGCUCUCAGGUGGGAACGCGUAUUAGAACAUCAACCGGACGUGCUAUUGAUAAAUUUCGAAGGCUCUUUCGAGAAGACGUUGGAGAAGGUUGAAGUUUUAGCUUCGCAACCGGGUUGGUGGAAUUUGAAUGCGGUAAAGAACCGAGAGGUAUACAUUUUGAACAACAAAAUAUUCUCUAGGCCAGGUCCAAGAUUAGUCGAUGGAGUUGAAAUGUUGGCUAGAAUUUUUCACCCCGAUCUCAUCGAGGAACCUUUGGUUGAAGGAAUGUGUCUGAAGCUCAACCUCGAGGCUGGAAAGAAAGUUCGUCCGGGACGGCUUCGAAACUUUUUUUCUUCGUUUCAUUAG